GAGCUCUCCAUCAACGUCAACCGCUCCCAGUGUCUGACCCUGCAAGGGGGCGCCUUGAUCCUCGAGCGAGACCCUACCCGCCCUACCAAGCCGACCCGCGUCUGCGGCCUGUCCCUCCCGGAGUGGUCCUCCAACAAGAUCGUCCCGCUGUACAACGUCCUCUGGGCCGAGCGCAAUGGCCAGAACGUCGAGAUCACCUACGCCGAGCCCCUCCCCCGAUCCCACCACCGGCUCCGUCCUGCCACCAUCAUAGCCGACGCCUCCGUCACCGACGCCGCCGAGGUCGAGGCUUGGAUACACGCCCUGCUGGCGAGGGCCUACGGCGCGGCCAAGGCCCGGAAGAGGGCGAAAGUGCUGGUGAACCCGCACGCCGGCCCCGGCGGCGCCAUGGCCAAGUGGGAACGCGACGUCGAGCCCCUCUUCCGCGCCGCCCGCAUGACCCUGCACGUGCAACAGACCACCCGCCCGGGCGAGGCCGUCGACACGGUGCGGGAUCUGAAAGACCUCGACCAAUGGGACGCCAUCGUCGCCUGCUCGGGCGACGGCCUGCCCUACGAGAUCUUCAACGGGCUGGGCGCGCGCCCGGACGCCGCUGCGGCGCUGCGGUCCGUCGCCGUCUGCCAGAUCCCCUGCGGCUCGGGGAACGCCAUGGCCUGCAACCUGUGCGGCUCGCACCACCCGUCCGAGGCCGCCCUGGCCGUCAUCAAGGGCGUCGACACCCCGAUCGACCUCAUGAGCAUCACCUACGGCGACAACGAGCGGAAGCUCAGCUUCCUCAGCCAGACCCUCGGCAUCAUGGCCGAGGCCGACCUCGCCACCGAACACCUGCGCUGGAUGGGCGCCCUCCGCUUCCAGCACGGCUUCCUGACGAGGGUUUUUAAGAAAAAGUCCUACCCCUGCGACCUCGCCUUCCGCGUCGCCAUGGAUGACCUGGAUGAGAUCAGGUCGCACUACAAGGCCCACAUGGACGGUACCGUGGCGUUGAAACAGGAACAAACAAGCGAGGACAAGCUGCAGGACGGUGGCUUGCCCCCCUUGCGGUAUGGUACUGUCAAUGACAAACUCGGUGACGGCUGGGAGACUUUGAAAUACGAUAACAUGGGGACGUUGUAUUCCGGGAAGAUGGCAUAUCUUGCCCCUGACGCCAAUUUCUUCCCCGCUUCCCAUCCCACCGACGGGUGCUUCGACUUGGUCACCGUCGACAGCGACCUCUCCUUCAUGACAGUCGUCGACCUCAUGGGCGCCGUCGCCGACGAGGGCGGCUUCUUCGGCAACCCGAAAGUCACCUAUCGCAAGUUGCACGCCCUGCGCGUCACCCCCCGCCGCCAAGACAGCGGCUACAUCAGCGUAGACGGAGAGAGCAUCCCCUUCGGACCCAUACAGAUCGAGGUCCACCCUCGCUUGGGCAAGGUGUAUUCCAAAAACGGGGUGUACGAGGCCUCCGGG